UUCCCCUCUAUCUAUGGUUAAGCUGCAUGUAAAUAUAGUAUGUCAAAUGCUAAUGCUACAAUUUUCCUUAAAAUAAAUGAAAACCCAAUAAGAGUUUAAAGACCAAUUCUUACUUUCUCGAGCUUAAGUUUUCACUAUUUAUUCUUCUAAUCAAGAUCUCAAUUUUUUCUCCUUUCUCAGUUCUUUGACCUUCCCAUGUCAUAGCACAAAUUCUCUUUCUAGUGAUUUAUCUUGUUCUUUGUGAUUGUUGAAGCUUUAUAAUCAAUUUACUAUGUUUGUGCUUUUGAUUACUUGGAAACUUUGAUUAAUCUUUUGGUUAAUUGAUUCUAUUUUGUAUAUAUCAAGGUUAGUUGCAGGGAUUUGGAUAUUGUUUUUCAGCUCAUUUUGAAUCUUGAUUUGGGACAUUAUAGAGCUCUAUGAAAAGAAAGAUCUUAGUGUUGGAAGGAAGUACAGUAACAACAACAUAUACAGUAUAAUUCCACAAGUGGUCUGAGGAGGGUAGUGUACUCCUACCCUGUGGAGGAGUGUAGGAAGGAACUAUAGGGGUAAUUUUAGGAACAAAUGGGGAACACUUGUGUAGGACCAAGUAUUUCAAAAAAUGGAAUCUUUCAAUCAGUUUCAGCAGCAAUGUGGCGAUCCCGGUCGCCCGAUGACACUGCGUCCACCACUAAUGGUGAAAGUGCUAGAAUUGAAACACCAAUUUCCGUUAAUGAACCUGAUUCACCUUUGCCAGUUCAAGAGCCACCGGAGCAAAUGACAAUGCCCAAGUCAGAAAAGAAAGAAGAGGAACAACAACCAAAAAAGCCCAAAAAGCCUGCUGAAAUGAAGAGGGUGUCAAGUGCUGGCCUUAGGACUGAUUCUGUGUUACAAAAGAAAACUGGCAACUUAAAGGAGUUUUUCAGUAUAGGAAAGAAAUUAGGACAAGGGCAAUUUGGAACUACAUUUAAAUGUGUCGAAAAGGCAACAGGGAAGGAAUAUGCUUGCAAGUCGAUUGCCAAGAGGAAGUUGUUAACAGAUGAUGAUGUGGAAGAUGUUAGAAGGGAAGUACAGAUAAUGCACCAUUUGGCGGGGCAUCCUCAUGUUAUAUCGAUAAAAGGUGCUUAUGAGGAUGCUGUAGCUGUUCAUGUUGUUAUGGAGUUCUGUGCUGGCGGUGAGCUUUUCGAUAGGAUUAUUCAACGGGGACACUAUACUGAAAGAAAAGCAGCUGAGCUUACCCGGACUAUUGUUGGAGUUGUAGAAGCUUGUCAUUCUCUUGGCGUCAUGCAUCGUGAUCUUAAGCCUGAAAAUUUUCUUUUUGUUGAUCAGAAGGAGGAUUCACUUCUCAAAACAAUUGACUUUGGGUUGUCAAUAUUCUUCAAACCAGGUGACAGAUUUACUGAUGUUGUUGGCAGUCCAUAUUAUGUUGCACCAGAAGUUCUCCGAAAACGUUAUGGUCCUGAAGCUGAUGUUUGGAGUGCUGGUGUAAUUAUCUACAUCUUAUUAAGUGGAGUACCUCCUUUCUGGGCUGAAAAUGAGCAAGGAAUAUUUGAGCAAGUCCUGCACGGUGAUCUUGACUUCACGUCAGACCCAUGGCCAAGUAUUUCAGAAGGUGCAAAAGACUUGAUGAGGAGAAUGCUUGUUCGAGAUCCAAGAAGACGUUUAACUGCACAUGAAGUUUUAUGCCAUCCUUGGGUUCAAGUUGAUGGUGUGGCUCCCGAUAAGCCUCUGGAUUCUGCAGUUCUGAGUAGAAUGAAGCAAUUUUCUGCAAUGAACAAGCUCAAGAAAAUGGCUUUGAGAGUCAUUGCCGAUAGCCUAUCCGAAGAAGAAAUUGCUGGUCUAAAAGAAAUGUUCAAGAUGAUAGACACAGAUAAUAGUGGUCAAAUAACUUUUGAGGAGCUCAAAGAUGGAUUAAAAAGAUUUGGCUCUAAUCUGAAGGAGUCCGAGAUCUAUGAUCUUAUGCAGGCGGCUGAUGUUGAUAACAGUGGAACAAUUGAUUAUGGUGAAUUUAUAGCUGCAACAUUACAUAUGAAUAAGAUUGAAAGACAAGAUCAUCUUUUUGCUGCUUUCUCUUACUUCGAUAAAGAUGGGAGUGGCUACAUCACUGCAGACGAGCUUCAACAAGCUUGUGAAGAAUUUGGCAUUGGGGAUGUCCGCAUGGAAGAAAUGAUCAGAGAAGCUGACCAAGACAAUGACGGGCGCAUUGACUACAAUGAGUUUGUUGCCAUGAUGCAAAAGGGAAAUCCAGUGCUUGGUGGUGGCAAGAAAGGUCUAGAGCAUAGUUUCAGCAUUGGAUUCAGAGAAGCACUAAAACUAUAGAGAUCUUUAAAGAGAAUUUUUUUUCCUCCUUAGUGUUUGUCUAUUUUUUUCUUCAUUUCCUUGUGGAAAUUUUUGUGUUUUUGGGAGUGUAUAGUAUUAAACAAGUGCUUUGCUAAGCAGCAUCGUUGUUUCCAGCAUUUUUCAUUUCUUUUCAA